AUGUCGAGACCGGAAAAGCGCGCGAUUUUUCUUUCGUUAAUGGCCUUGGUAACUUUGAGCGGGGCGCAAUUUCGAUGCCCCGAGCCCAAGGGUUUCUUUCCCGACCUGGAACAAUGUGAUCUUUACUACGCUUGCGUAGACGACCAGCCUGAGGAAAGGCUCUGCAAGGACGGACUCGUUUUCAGGGAUGAUAAUCCCAAGAAGGAGUUUUGCGAUAUACCGGCGAACGUGCCUUGCGGCGAUCGCACUCUUUUACAGGAGCCGCAUCCUAGCAAAGGCUGCCCGCGAGCGAACGGCAUUUUCAGCCACGAGGACCCGAACGCGUGCGACCGCUUCGUCAAUUGCAUAGACGGGAUAGCGCAAAUGGUACCCUGCCCACCCGGACUAAUCUAUGAACCUAAAAUGUCGGGCUGCGUCUGGGCGGUGGACGCCACUCGCCUAUGCGAAAACUUGAAACGCGACAUUCUGGACGACGGCUUCGUCUGUCCGGACGGCGACGUCGCCGGUCCGUCCGGCAGAAUCCUACCGCAUCCCACGUACCCGCAUCCCGAAGAUUGCGCCAAAUUCUACAUCUGCAAAAACGGUGUGGUGCCACAGAAGGGCCAAUGCGAUCCCGGUACCGUGUACAAUGAGGAAAGUUUCAGGUGUACCGAGCCGGAAUUAGUUCAAGGAUGUGAGGACUAUUAUAAGGGCAAGAACUGAGCUGCAGGACCGCAAGUGCCAGAGUUAGCCGCAGCUACGUUUAUAAUGUUCAUCUUUUUAUUCAUAAGAACAAUAAACGCGUGUGAUAUGCAAACUUACAUAAAAGCCACUGCGUGGCCUUUGCGAAAGCGAUCGCGCUUUUGCCCUCCCCGCGACAAUUACUACCCCUUUCUCCUUUUACGUAAAUAAAUAUGCAUUCGAAAAAUCAGUAACAACGCCAUCGAUGCGAGUCGUUAA